UGCUGUUUUUUCUUCUUCUUGUUUUAUCCUCUUCCUUUUGUUAGUUUAUGUAUGUGUAGUUUGCGACUAAUACUAUCAUUAGAAGAUCCUAGAUGUUACAUAGAGAAUAAUUUGAAAAAUGAAUCGAUCAAGAAGUUUUAUGAGUGCUUAUCAGGUCCUUUUCUGUGUGAAAACUAUAAAAAAAAAAACAGAGAGUUCGUUAAUCCAACUUUAUUUCUAACAAUUGUGGUAUACAUUUUUAGUUUGAGUGUUUGCUCUGAUGAAACUAAUAUUAAAUGUUGUGGUUUCGGGUUUGGAAGAUUACGGGAUUCACACAAAACCAUCGAUGAUGAGUCAGCCAUGUCUCUGCGGCAUCCCAAUUUGAAGCUCUUGCUUGUUACACUCGGAGAAAAGGGAUGUCGUUACUACACUAAGGAUUUUCAUGGAUCUGUUGAAGCUUUCAAUGUGAAUGCUGUGGAUACUACUGGAGCUGGAGAUUCAUUCAUCUGCGGGUUUCUAAGCCAGAUUGUUGAUGAUCAGUCAAUACUCGAGGAUGAAGAGAGAUUGAGAAAAGUGCUGAGAUUCUCAAACGCUUGUGGAGCAAUCACAACGACCAAGAAGGGAGCCAUUCCAGCUCUUCCUUCAGACAGUGAAGCUCUCAGACGUUGUAACAACCUUUUGAGUUGCUCUUGUCUGUUGUUAUUUUGUUUUUAAUUUGAAUCCUUGUUGAUGAUUCGAUGAAUCCCUUGCUAAUAAAACUAAAGGAUUUUUA